AAUUUCAAAAUAGUUCGGCACGGCUUCGGCUUACCGCUUUUCUAACUUCUAAAUGAACAAUGGGUACAUACAUAAUCUUAUUUUAAAUUUAAAUAAUUAACUAAUAAAAUACGGUCAAUUCAUCUAUCAUCGUGAAUCUAUAAUGGAGGGAGAUAUUGAAGUAUUGGAAAAAGCCAUUCAAAAUCUUGAAGCUAUUGGGGAAAAGGAUGACGAUUUGUCACAUCAGGACCUGUAUAAAAAUUGGGGAAAAUAUGGAUCUCAAGAGGAACGACGCAAAGAACUCUUAGAAACCCAAAAAAGCAAUAGACAGAAUAAGGUUGAUAAAUUAAGAGGACUUAUUAACGUUGUGGAACAAGAAAAAACAUUCAAACCAAGUAACAAAGUGUCUUACAGACCAAAUAUUUAUGUAGCUGGAUUUCAUAAAACACCUCAAACAUAUAGUAAUGUUUUAAUGCUAUCUGAAUGGCUGAUCGAGAAACCCUCAGACUUUGAAACAAAUUGGUACAUUGUCCCUUGCCCUAAAGCAAUGAGAUUGCUUGUCAUAGCUUUUCAUGGUAACACUAAAUGCUUUACCAAGUAUGGUCAUUUUAAAUUUGAAUGUUGCACGUCACUGCCGGGUGGUAAUCCUAAAUCAAGUGGAAAUUGUGUGUUGGAUUGCUUUUAUGAUAAAGAAUCAAAUACAAUGUAUGUGUUAGAUUUACUAGCGUGGAAUAAUCAGCCUAUGACAGAUGGAGAGACAGAAUUUCGACAAUUUUGGAUGCAAACUCACUUAAAUGAUAUCUCAGCUAUUAAAAAAAUAUCUAAUUUUAACAAAGUCAUCUUUAAAUUAUUACCAAUGAUACCAUGUACGAAGGAAAACUUAAAUAAUUUGUUCUCAAAGUUCCCGCCUUGUGAUGAUCUAGAUUUCCCAGCAUUAGAUGGAUUGUUAUUUUACCACAGGCAAGCACAUUAUUUUGCUGGACAGACACCAUUAGUAGGCUGGCUCUUCCCAUAUAUGGUCAAUGAAGUUCUUGGCCAAGAUAUCACAGUGAGCUCAGAGUAUUUAGCUGGAACACCUGAAGAUUAUACAAAUCAAUCUGAUUUUAUAUCAAGGUUUGAAGAAAAGUUAAAAAAGAGAAAUAGAAGGAGUAGAAACAACAGCUCUAUGGAGACUGAAUAUGUGGAGAGUGAAGAAAACAUAGAAAGUGACAAGAAAGUGGACAGCAUGGAAUCGGAAGAUACAAGAAUAGAUCCUAGAAACAAGUGAGGCUACAACUCGGACAAAUUAAAAUAAUUAUUAAUACGUUUUAACGUAUUUUUAUUGUUUUGACACCGACAGUUAAUAUCAGAUGUGAAUACUACACGUCAUUCAUAUUAACUUACGUCGGCAACAUGUGUCAUAUAACUUUUACGACGUCUAUUUCAUUGGUAUCUUUUUAGCUGGUUUAAAAGUUCAUCCCAAAACAAUGGUUUCGCUGGGUAUCGAAGAUUGGAUAUAUUUGUAAUUAAUUAAAUAUCAAAACAUUUUUAUUGAUUUGCAAUGUCUCUCGCUUAUUAUCUGUAUUUUAAAUUGUGAUAUUUUUGUUAUAUAUUAAUUGUAUACCUACCACACUACAACCGAAAAACGGACUGCAUCCACUCUAUAGCGCCGUUCACGAUUCGCUCGCGGUCCAAUCUCGGUCUGCUAAUAUUAUGAAAUGAAAAACAAUAUGUGCAUUCAUACUAUCCGGAGCAGUCAAGUUCCGGUCGAAUCCAAGUGAUAUUCGAAGAAAAUUAUACUAGACGAAGAACGAACUGUGAACAGCAUUAUAGCGUUGAUCCAGCCUUAAUAGUUUGUGUUUUCCAUCAAAUUAAUCAAUAGACAAAAAUAAAUCUUUUUGUACGAAAUAUAUUGUUAAUAUUGUACAUUUUUUAAUGCAUUUGGAUCUGGUGAAUAAUGUUAUGUUAU